AUUCCCUCAUACACCACACCACAAUCCACCCCAAAGAAAGGAAGCGUUUCUAGGAGGAUUUGUACUAGAAAUCUUAAGAUAAAGAGAGAUGGUGGCCGGAAGCUUCAGUAUUGAAAUAGAGUCUCCAGUGGAGGCAAAAAGGCUGUGGAAAGCAACUCUGGACACCCACAACUUAUUGCCAAAGCAAGCUCCAGGACUCAUAUCAGGCAUUACGCUUCUUCAAGGUGAUGGAGGAGUUGGCACCAUUCGACAUGUUAAGUUCACUCCAGCCAACAAAGAUUUUAGCUAUGUGAAAGAGAAAGUGGACUUAAUUGAUGAGGCCAACAUGGUUUAUGGUUUCAGCCAUGUGGAAGGAGGAGUGUUGGGGAAAAAAGUGGCCUCGGUAAGUUACAAGAUUAAAUACACCCCCAAACCAGGGGGUGGAUGCAUUACAACCUAUAGCUGCAACUAUGAUAGCCUCCCUGGUGUUCCCCAUGAUGAAGCCAAAAUUGAGGAGAUCAAGGCCAAUAGCACUGGUUUGUUCAAGCAGGUGGAGGAAUAUCUUAUUGCCAAUCCCACUUUAUACUGUUGAAAUCAUCAUGAUCUCCCUCUUUCUCAAUGGCAGUAGCGCCACUUGCUCAAUAAAAACGUAUGUGUAUCUCAUAGUGAUAAAGAUUUCUCUCAUGGUAAUAGUGCCAGUUAAAUCUAGGUCAAUAAGAAUGUGUCAAAGAGUGACACUUGAGUAUUCAAUUAUGAUCGUGUCAAGUAAUUUUUAAAUAUAAAUAUAUAGCUUGCCUUAUAAUC